UGCUGUGUAGGGCUGAUGGAGCUGCCUCAAGCCAAGAGAGAAGACAUGGUCUCAUGGCAAUAGAGCUUGGCUGGGGCUGUGACUGCUGCUGUGCUGCAGGAGGUGUCACAGGGUCUGUACAGAACAGUGAGUGCUGCAGGCCCCUGCUCUGUGCCGAGGGGAGGGGGUGCACUCUGCAUGGCUUCUGGCCAAGGCUCUCCCUCAGCUGCUUCUGGAGCAUCUGUGUGGGAGCAGCUGGUGUAGAACACUUGUUUAGGGGGGUUUUGGCUGACCUGGUUCAAGGUAUAGAUGAGCAUGUUCUCAGACUCCCUUGGGUUCAUGUACCAUUCCAGGGCCAGCAGGACCUUUGGAGGUGCAGUCUCAGCACGGACAGCAGGAUGGCAGGAUGGGAGGUGUCCUUCCCGCGGGCUGGGAAGGCUCAGCUGCUGCUCAAGGGUGGUCAGUCAGCAUGUGCAGCCCCACCAGGACCUGCUUGCCCAGGUGGGUUCUGUGCAGCCCGUUCCCAAGAGCCCCUCCCUGGAGCUGGGGUGGUGUGUUCACACCCAGGGCUGCCCUGAGGAUACUGCUCAGGCUUUUCUGCUCCCCUCCUGCUCGCUCUUCCUGCUGUGGCUGGCUGCAGUCAACAGCAUCCUGGGUCAGGGCUGCUCCUUAACUGACAGGUGAGGCUUGUGCUCACACACACACGCACUGGAGUACUUGGACUUUGGCCUGGGACAGAGCCAGGUCAGUUCUGGGUACUGUUUCUCAGUGAGAAGAAAAACUGAGCUCUACCUCUGCCCUUAUUUAGCAGCCUGGAGUAUGUGCACUUGCUCUCUGCUGCUCAGUUGCAGCUGUGGUGGACACUGCCUAGCCCUCACCAAUAUUCCCAAAUCCAGGCUGCUGAUGAAUAAAGUUGGUUGCCAUCUCGUGCAAAUGGCUGCAGAUCAUCUGGAGCCUCACAAGAGCGGUGCUGUGGUUGUUUCACUGGCUUGGUCUCCAUUCAUGCUUGCAAGAAUGGUGUCUAAUAAGAGGAUAUAAAACCAUUUUUUCUCUGAGAUAUAGCCCUCAUGGGGAAAGACCUGUCCUGAGAGUAAACCCAUUUUUUAGUGGAUGUGAAUCAGGCCCUGGGCACCAGUGGUUUGAAGCAGACUUUUCCUUUGAGUAUUUGCUGUCGCUUUUUCUUUACAGCAGGAUAUUUAUAGGUGCAAUUUUCUUGGAAAUCUACAGAGGAGGACUGGAAGUGUCUGAGAACUUUUGUUAGUCAGCAAUUUAUGUUGCUGUGGAAACGCCUUAGCAGGGCUUGGGAAAACUGCCUGGAGAAAAGGGUGUUUGCCAAAGGUGCCAGCAGCAAUGUGCAUCUCUGGCUGGUUCCUGGCUUACCUAAACCUGCUCCUCAGGCACGUCCUUCACAGUGGCUGCUGUGUCAUAGGGGUGACACCUUUUGUGCUGCUGGUCGUGAUUCCCUUCUGUAAACCCGCUCUGUCGCUCCUCUGAACUGUGAGCAUGGUCCUGCCAGCCUUCCCUCUGAUCCAGGAUGAAGUGCUGUUGAGGUUCUCCUCGGUGGGGUUGCUGGCUGCAAAGCUGUGGCUCAAGUGCUGGGAGGAGGAAGAUAUAAAGCUGCCUGGGAGGUCUGCAAGGGUGACAGAAGACAGGAUCUCUCAGGCCGUCAGGAAUGCAUCGCUGGGAUCAGCCACGGUCACCCCCUGUGUGGUGUCUCAGUGGAGUGCCUGGAGUGGCUGUGCAGAGCCUUGCAAGACAACGUUUCGUGUCCGGAGGAGGCACAUUGUCCAGGAGCCCAGGAAUGGGGCAGAGGCAUGUCCUGCUCUGGAGGAGAGGGCUGGCUGUGUGGAGUACUGGACUCGGCAAGGAACAGAGUGCAAACAGUCCCUCAUCCCAGCAUUAAUAACCACGGGAGGGUUUGGAAAAGCGAGGAAGAAAAGAGCUGCAGCUGAUGGCAAGGAAAGAGCAGGGUACUGUGUUGAGUUCCAGCUGGUGGCCAUCACUCCGGGCUGCCUGCACAGCCACCACUCGUACACCCGCUGGAUGCGCUACCUCCGGGAGGGCCACACGGUCUGUGUGGAGUGUCAGCACCCAGCCCUGCACUCCAGAAGUCAGCAUUGCUCCGGGGAUGGCACUGGGAGCAGAAAGAAUCAGCUGUUGCACUGGCAGGCGGUGGGGAACCCUCGGUGCAAGGGAACCUGGAGGAGAAUUCGCCAGCUGGACACUUGCUCCUGCCCUUCUGUUCACAGCUUCUUGUUCAUCUGACUUCCCCAGGCAGCCCCAGUGUGCCAGGGCUGUGGUGCCUCCUCUGGCAGCAGCAGGAGCCCCAGGCAAAGCAGCGACUGCUCCAUGUUGGGGGGGCACCCAGGAUCCUCUGUCUGUCUGUGCUCCUCGAUUUCCAGAGAAAUGAGGCUGGCUGGGAAGGGCCAGUCUCUUUCUUCCCUGAGAGAGACAUGCCUGACCCUGCUGACUUCUUGCAAAUCCCUCCUUUCUUGAGAGGAUAGAGAAUUUACCAAAUAAGAAAUGUGACAAUAAAGGCCGUAAGAACCCA